AUGAUAGCAUCACCGCCACGCAUCGUCAAUGUAGGAAUUAUUGGCUGUGGAGAGGUCACCCAAGUGGUUCACAUCCCGACGCUCAGUCUUUUGUCGGAUUUCUUUAAAAUCACCUAUCUUUGCGAUAUCUCGCAAGAUGCGUUGAACCAUUGCUCACAGAAAAUCGACGCCCACAUCCCGAAGACCACCAAAGAUCCUGUCGAGCUGUGUGCAUCCUCCGCUGUCGAUGUCGUGUUCGUUGUGAACUCGGACGAAUACCAUGUCUCUCAUGCCACACUUGCACUCGAAUCGGGCAAACAUGUGUUUGUCGAGAAGCCAUUGGCCUUGACUGUGCGAGAUGUCGACACCCUCAGAAAAGCGGAAGAGAAAGCACCGGGAAAAUUGAUGGUAGGAUACAUGAGGAGGUAUGCAGCGGCGUUCAUCGACGCUUUGAAGGAGAUUGGUGGAAUGGAAAAGAUUACAUAUGCCCGGGUCCGCGAUAUCAUCGGACCGAAUAGCACCUUUGUGUCACAAUCGGGGACGUUUCCCAAGAGGUUUGACGACUACGCUCCUGAGGACUCUCAAGAUAAAACCGCGAGAGCUGCGGAGCUGGUCGAACAAGCUCUCAGCCGAGAAUGUGGGGUACCAGUGACGCCGGCUAGCACUCGAAUGUGGCGAGUGUUGGGAGGAUUGGGCUCACACGAUCUAUCACUGAUGCGAGAGGCGCUGGGGAUGCCGACCAAAGUCAUCGGGGCGCAUCUUGGAUUCCCUUUUUGGAGUGUCUUGUUCCAAUACCCUGGCUUUGCAGCCGUGUAUGAAUCCGGUUUGGAUGCGAUUCUGCGCUUUGACGCGCACAUCGAGAUAUAUUCCAGCAACAAGGUAGUUCGUGUCCAGUACGACACUCCAUAUGUCAAGGGUCUCCCGAUCACGAUGCACAUUUCAGAAAAUGUGGACGGCACCUAUCAGGAGAGAACCGUGCGGAAGACGUAUGAAGAUCCUUACACGCUGGAGAUGAAAGAACUCUAUGCCAUGAUUGUGGACGGUAAGCCGGUUAAGACGACGUCGGCGGAUGCCGCAGAAGAUCUUCAGAUUUUCAAGAUGAUCCUACCUGUUUUGGUCGAAAUUCCAGGAGGCGGAUACGUGGAAACGUCGUUUGCCGCAGGAGCAGAUGUGGUUUCUCUUACUGAGGCUGUGGUAUACGUCUUCAUCCAUUACCGCGUGAAUAUCUUUGGAUUCUUAUCGACGACGGGACUUUCCCAGGAAACAUCCCCAUAUCUUUCAAGCGGUAACUACGGACUGGCUGAUUGGACACUGGGUUUACAAUGGGUUCACGACAAUAUUGAUCUAUUCGGCGGAGAUCCCAACCGGGUGACCGUCCACGGCUCCAGCGCCGGAGCAUGGGCAAUGAGCCUAGUACAGGUCACCCCCAAAACGAAAGGCUUGUUCCAACAAAUUAUGGUGGAAAGUGGCGGAAGUGACCAAUCCAUUACAGUGAGCAGCUUGGAGAAAAAGGAGGCGCUAGGCCAGACACUGACAUCCGCGGCUGGCUGUCCAUGGAACGAAACAUCGGACCCGGACUACGCACUGCAGAACGCUUGCCUAAGGAACGCCAGUGUUAUCGAUCUUAUGGAGGCGUUCAUUUCCCAGGACACCUUCCUGUGGUAUGACGAACAUGCACUGUUUCCAGCACCGGAUGGUUGGUGGCUACCGGACUAUCCGCAGACACUCUAUGACAGUGGCGCUUUUCAUCAAGUUCCCAUCCUGGCUGGCUCAGCUAUGGACGAAAUGAACCUCAUUCAGUUUCUGCCGUAUUUGAAUGUUUCCGGCCAAUGGUUGUAUAAUGCAACAGCAUGGGAGGAUGUCGCUGGGUGGUGCAAAAACUUCACUUCCAAGGGCGGUGUCAAUGUUUCUGCCACCGGCGCUCUCAACGAUUACUAUCUCGAUCCAAAUCGCACGUUCGACGUGCGAGUGAACCGCAACUCCACUGACGGUGUGGGCACCAACAUGGGUCCUUAUGCUGCUAUGGUGGAAAUUAGCAGCGGGGUUAUUUUUCAAUGCCCUCUGCGGCGUAAUCUGCGCCAUCAAGCUUCAGCUGGCCAACCUGCUUUCGGAUAUACCUUUGGAUAUCGGUCCCCUAACGCUGCUGGUGGUGUGGCCGCUUUUGCCGAACACGGUUCGCAGUUAGGUCUGGGGUUCGACCCCCUUGCUCCUUACCUGACCAACACAAAAGACGAGUUCAUAGCUCAUACCAUGCAACAGUACUGGGCUUCGUUCGUCAUCAACGGGGAUGAGAACAAUUUCACGGGUAUUGAUUUCUCCUUCGGGGUCAAUCAAACACUUCCUCGCUGGCCGAGUCAGACAGAGGCAGGUGACACUGUGCUCCGUAUCGGCAACCACGACGUCAUGCGAGAUUCUACUAUCGACAAGGUGACAGGAGCGUACGCCUACUGCGACCUUCAGGAUGCAGUCAUUCCCUCCUAUACCUACAGACCGAAUUGUGCCCCCGGCUAUUCACUCACAAAGGACUUCAAGGGCUGCGCGUAA